CACACACACAUGCUCACACAAAGAGAACAGGUUGCACAGACCAGCCCAGUCAGUGAGAAAUUAGACUAAACAUUUCCUCCAGCAGCAGUUGAUUCAGAGACGUCUCUCUCUCUCUCACCCAUAUAGAUUUACCCACGCACAUUUUUUUGAGGAUAUCUUCUGACUACAGUUUAUCUUGAAGGAGAAGCAACAGCAGGGAACUGAAAGAGAGAACAACAGAAACCAAAAGAAAAAAAGAAGAGAAACUGCCUCUGAGGAGAAGAGUCUUGCUGCCGCUGCAGGGAAGAGCUCAUUUCAGCGAAGAGCCCCGAGCCCCUCACUGGGAGUCACAGAAGAGUGCGAGAGGGCAACGCCGACUAGACAGAGGGCUUGAAGAAUGACCCUGCUUGGAUGUUUGUCCUCCUCAGUUUGAUCAUCAGGGGCGCCAGGACUUUUUACUCAACUCCACAGCUUCACUGCCCAGGUGAAGACAGCGAGUGUAGAAGCUGAGCGGAGGUGAGAGGGGAGACAGACGAGAAGAGAAGAGAAGAGAGCCAAGAAACCGACAGGGAGAAGAGAAGAGAAGAGAAGAGAAGAGAAGAGAAGAGAGUGUAUGUCAGUCACAGCACACCACAUAAGGAGGCAGUUGUGAUUAGAUGUGUCAGAAUGACAGCAGAAGACUCCGCCUGUGCCGUCGCCAUGAGUAACGCAAGCCCCUCCUCCAACUCUAAAUCUGUGUGUGCCGUCCCUGAGGGCGUGGCCGGAGCUCAGAAUGAAGCAGCUCUGCUGGCCCUGAUGGAGCGCACGGGCUACAGGAUGAUCCAGGAGAAUGGCCAACGCAAGUAUGGUCCACCCCCAGGCUGGGAAGGCACUUCCCCCCCACGAGGCUGCGAGAUUUUCGUGGGCAAGAUCCCCCGGGAUGUCUACGAGGACGAGCUGGUGCCCGUGUUUGAGUCGGUGGGCCACAUCUACGAGAUGCGGUUGAUGAUGGACUUUGACGGGAAGAACCGCGGCUAUGCAUUUGUGAUGUACACCCUGAAGCACGAGGCCAAGCGCGCCGUCCGAGAGCUCAACAACUACGAGGUGCGGCCAGGCCGGCUGCUGGGCGUGUGCGGGAGCGUGGACAACUGCCGCCUCUUCAUUGGGGGGAUCCCCAAAACCAAGAAACGCGAGGAGAUCAUGGAGGAGGUGUCCAAGGUGACGGAGGGGGUGUUAGACGUCAUUGUGUACGCCAGUGCUGCUGACAAGAUGAAGAAUCGUGGCUUCGCCUUCGUCGAAUAUGAGUCACACCGCGCAGCCGCCAUGGCCCGCAGGAAGCUGAUGCCAGGACGUAUACAGCUGUGGGGUCAUCAGAUCGCCGUGGACUGGGCCGAGCCUGAGAUCGACGUGGAUGAGGACAUCAUGGAAACGGUGAAGAUCCUGUACGUGCGAAACCUGAUGAUGGAGACGGCCGAGGAGACGCUGCGCCACAUCUUUGGCCAGUUCAACCCCGGCUGUGUGGAGCGAGUCAAGAAGAUCCGGGACUACGCCUUCAUACACUUUGCCAGCCGGGACGAUGCAGUGGUCGCCAUGGACAACCUGAACGCUACAGAGAUCGAAGGGUCCUGCAUCGAGGUGACCCUGGCUAAGCCAGUGGAUAAAGAACAGUACACCCGCUACCAGAAGGCUACAAAGGGCUCGAGCAGCCCAGCGGCAGCAGCAGUCCCUGAGACCAGCCAGCAGGGCUUUGUGUACCAGUGUGACCCCUACACUCUUGCAUACUACGGCUACCCCUACAGCACCCUCAUCGGUCCCAACCGCGAAUACUUUAGCAAAGCAGGUACGGUGAGGGGUCGUGGCAGAGCAGGUGUGGCCACCCGCACCCCUGGCCCACGGGGGUCAUACCUGGGAGGGUAUUCAGCGGGGCGCGGCAUCUACAGCCGCUACCAUGACGGCAAGGGUCGGCUGCCAGACAAAGGCUACGAGCUCGCACCAGGCCUGGAAAUGACAGUCAACACUAUGGGCAUGAAGCCUGGUACAGUGGCUCUCCCAGGUUUAGGCGGCCAGUACCCUGUGUUUUCUACCAGCGCUGCUCCAAAGAUGAUGGAUGAUGGGAAGCUUCAUGGAGUGGAACACCUCAUCAAUCCUCUCACUCUACAGCAUGACCACACUGCUGGCACUGCUGUUCUACCUUCGGUCUCCACACCGCCUCCCUAUCAGGGUAGACCCAUAACUCCUGUGUAUGCUAUGGCCCACAAUAUGCAGCGCAUCCCCGCAGGGUUGUAUGGGGCAGGCUAUCUACCACUCACCGCUCACACUGCUAACACGGCCACUCUCGCAGCGCUGCAGAAGAAUGCCGCUGUGGCCGCAGCAGCCUAUGGAGGCUAUGGCUAUGUCCCUCAGGCGUUUCCCACGGCAACCUUUCAGAUGCCCCUCCACGACAUCUACCAGACCUACUGAUGGAGUCUCCAGAGUACUCGGCCACAAAACAACCAAUGCCAAGACUUCCAUGAAGAAAUACUUAAGAAGUAACUAAUAGUAAAGAAAUGAUAGCUCACGGCUAACAGAAUCUACCAGACCCUCGCCUGGUUUUGAGUUUUGCAUCACACAACCGAUGUGGAGAAGACCCAUAUCCAACCCAAAAGAACCUUCAUCACAAACCCGACCACCACAAAGUGACCAGCAGCAGUACCCACGACAUCAUUAUUGUCCCUCUUAUUAAUGUAGCUAUAAAAUCACAUUGAUGAAGCAACAUGAAUCACCAAACUAACCCUCUCUUACCAAACCCAUCUGUCCAAUAGCCCCAAGGGUGUGUGACCUUCUCCAAAUCAUGUAAUGUGAGCUUAACUCCACUCAGCGAAAUCUGACCAUUCUUUCCCAAUUUUAAUCCGAUCCACAUUGCCCCUCCCCCUCACACACUACCUUCUGUAGUUUUGGCACCGUGAACACUGAAGGAGGUGUAGUAUUUAUGGAGAGCAGAACACUGUAUUUAUGAGCUGCUCUUUGGGGUAGACUUUUCAUCAUUGUUGUUGUUGAAUUUUUUUCAAGAUAAGAGUUAGACAAAAAUAAUGUCUUUAAAAAUGUUCAAAGUCUCAUGGAACUACUGACAUGAAA